ACGAAUUUCUAUCGAGCAAUCAUUCACAGACUACACAUCGGUCAUCUGGGUGUAUCAGGGAUCGGCCAAUCGUUUGAGGAAUCCUUCUGGGAAGCCGUUCCUCAGGUGCCUCGAGAUCCACAUAAAGCUCGCAUUGGCGAUGCAAACAACCUGGCUUACCGAUCCUUGUGUACUCGAUUCCAACCCAUAGAUAUGUAUCGUUCGGGUAAGAAUAAGAACGCCAAACAGAUAGGCUACAUUGUGCAUGCACACUGUUGGCUCCUGGUUGGCCGAUAUAUCGGAAUCGAAAUAAUUACAGAAAACCUCAAAAUAUUUGUCAAAGCCGUGGAACAAUUCUGGACGCAAAACAUACACCUGUGGAUGACGGCACCGUAUAAUAAGGAUAUUGAGCUUGUGGAAAGAAGUGAAGAUGAUGGCGACGUGGAAAGCAGCGAUGAUGACUACAUACCUGUUAGAGCAUGGCGAAAUCCAGCAAUUGUGCCCGAAAUUCAGACGAUUAUUGAACAGGCCACGAGGGUCGUCCACCAGUCACAGCCAACGACCACUAUGUCUUGGAUUCCUUUAGAUAUUGCCAUACAAGUCGUUGAGAUUACUAGGCUGGCCAGUGCCACAGACACCCAAAACAUGCUAGCUGCCUUUGGGUGGAGAUUGCCUGAUAGUUACUGGCAGAGCUGUUGUGAUAUGGAGUUGAUCUUCGAAUAUGGGGAUCUCAGGAAGUCCAAUACCGCGGUGGAUUGGCAAUUCCUCGUUCUUGAGACUGAAAAAUUAUCGGAGGAUGAUGACUGGUGUAAAAGAAGUGGGCUUAGAACUCGUCGUCGCAUUUUUCAAUUCCUCCCACAGAUUAGAAGUAUCUUCCUCGACAUGCUUGAACAGGACAGAAAGGAUCCUGGAUCUCUAAGUGGUUCUGGUGCAAGGUUUUCCCUAAGGAAACCGUUUAUCUAA